GAGUGCUGUGCGAUUUUUUAUGUAAAAUAUGCGCCUUGGUUCCAGAAAGGUUGGGGAGCAUUGUGUUAUCAUAUUUAUGUCACUUUAACCAAAGUGAAUGUAAUACCUCGUGAGCGAAAGUCAGCUGCGGAUCCUGACCGCCACCUGGCAGGCGCAUCAUUUUACCAUGAAUCAUACAUGAGUGAUACCCAGUGGGACAUUUAUAAGGUGCAACUCUCAUCCAGUCAGCCAUAUUCUGGCUGCACGAAAGCAAUGUUUGGAAUCCCAUCAAGCUAAAUUCUCUUUUUAAAAAGCUCAUUUUGAUAUCAUAAAGUUGAAAAACUGUAGGUGACCAUGUUGCCGGCCCAGGAGGCAGCUAAGAUCUACCACACCAACUACGUUCGCAACGCCCGCGCCGUGGGCGCGCUGUGGACCGUCUUCACCAUCACGUUCGCCGUCAUCACGGUGGUGGUGUUCAUCCAGCCCUACUGGAUCGGGGACAGCGUCAACACUCCACAGGCCGGCUACUUUGGCCUCUUCCACUACUGCAUCGGCAACGCGCUCACCUCGGAGCUCACCUGCAAAGGCAGCGCGCUGGACUUCGGCUCCAUCCCGUCCGGGGCCUUCAAGACAGCCAUGUUCUUCGUGGGCAUCUCCACACUGCUGGUGGUGGGCAGCAUCGUGUGCUUCAGCCUCUUCUUCUUUUGCAAUGCGGGCAGCGUGUACAAGAUCUGCGCCUGGAUGCAGCUGGCCUCCAGCGCUUGCAUGGUGAUCGGCUGCAUGAUUUACCCCGACGGCUGGGACUCGGAGGAGGUGAAGCGGAUGUGCGGCCAGCGGACCGACAAAUACACCCUGGGCAACUGCACGGUGCGCUGGGCCUACAUCCUGGCCAUCAUCAGCAUCAUGGACUCGCUCAUCCUCGCCUUUCUGGCCUUUAGCCUGGGCAGCAGACAGGACAACCUCCUGCCCGAGGACUUCCAGGCAGAGGAGAAAGACAACGCAUGAAGAGCCUACUACAGACCACCAAAGCAAGACUUUCACAACUAUUUGAACCCAA